GCAAGAAAGAGAAGCAAAAGGGAACGAGAGAGUCGCAGGAGGAAGAGGGGAGAAUGCACGGUGUCUGGGUUACACUUCCACGCUUGUAUCCAGGGCCUUUGUGAAUACACCAUGGGAUGCAUCGGCUCCAGGAGACUGACGGCAGAUGGCGUGCCAGUCCAGAAGGAUGGAGAGCAGCUGUCUAUGGAAGACACCACGUCAAUCCUGCCAAGGCUCAAAAGGAACUCAAAUCCCUACGGCAUCGGAGCACUGGCUAAGUCUUCUCUGUCAGGUGUGUCAGGAGUCACUCGCACCAUGAAGGAAAGGGUGACAAAACCCACUGCCAUGGCUCAGGGUCGUGUCGCUCACAUGAUUGAAUGGCAGAACUGGGGCAUGCAGACGGUCGGUGCAGGGGGCAUUUCCCAGUGUCGACUGACCACACAGGAGCGGGAAAAGGAGCGGCGGCUGGAAAAUGACGCCUACAGUGACCUCAGCGAUGGAGAGAAGGAGGCCCGUUUCGCUGCAGGUAUCCUGCAGCAGUUUGCAAUCUCAGAGGCGACACUUCUAGCCUGGACAUCGAUGGACGGAGAGAGCCCGAGGUCGGGAUCAAACCAGGGCAGCGUGGCUCAUCUGAGCGAGGUCAACCAGGAGAGCAUCACCAGUCGAGAUCAGAUAUUGCACCACUCGUCAGCAGAGGUGUGGCCUCACACAUACGUGUCCCAGGGCCACUACUGCCUCUCCUCCUCUGAUGCCUGGGAGCCGAUCACCAACGACCCCUCUGGCGUGGCAUCUCCCGCUGCUGGCUCCUAUGUAUUGGGGACCAAUGGGUACGACGGGCAGACGUCAGCUCACUUACUGUCGCAGCAACAGCAGCAGCAGUUCAGUCUACAGCAGCAGAGUCAACUACAGCAGCUGCAGCAGAUCCAGCAGAUCCAGCACUACCAGCAGCAGCAGCUCCUGCAGUAUCAGCAACAACAGGCUCUGGAGCACAGGCUGCACAGCGCCAACCACUCUUUACAAGCUACGCCCAACAGCACCAUCCACAGUCUGGUCCAUCAGGUUCACCCUCCGUUGGUGGAUCUGUGGAACACGGGACAGAUGGAGGCCUUUCAGGCCGAGGCCGGAGGCUACAUGGGUGUAGCGGCAGUGGUGGAGCCGGGUCUCUCUGUAAUGUCUGGAGAUGACAUGGUGGGAACAGAACACUCCCCCCUGCUGGAGCAGCAGGAGGAUGAGGAUGAGGUCAAGGAGGAGGAGGUGACACUGUGCAUGGAGCUGGAGUCGGCCACGUUGACUCCACCCACGCAACAAGGGGAUGCCUCUGGAGGCAGUAGUCCAGGGCAACCGCCAGCCGAGCCAAUCACAGAGCGGAAGGCUUCCGAUGUCACCUCAGGCCUCAUUCAGACACUAGAGGAGAAGGAGGAGGAGGAGGAAGAAGAGGAGGGGCCUGUCGCUUCCAUGGCAACCAACUGAGUUCCUGGCUGUUAAGAGACUCCUUAUUACAAACUGAUCAGGGAGUCAGCGAGGAAUGAGCGUAAUAACACAAUAUAUAUCUAUUAAUCUGUUCCUUUUCAGGUAUCACAAACAUGACUUUUUGGUUUGCGAGAUGAAUUCUUCUUCGAAACAGAUUUGGAACUGGACUCUUGACGAGACACGAGCUGACGCAACAAAGGACACCUGUUUCUUUGUAAGCCUUACAUCCCAAAGGUAAAGGAAGAGGAGAGUGAGGGUGGAAAAGUGAAGAGGAGGAGAAGGAGGAGCACCAACCGACAGAGACGUUUCCUUCAAGGAAAUGAAACCACGCUGAGGUGAAGAGGAGGAGACUUGGAAACAUGCAUGCUUUUUAUGAAGACAAGCAACUUGACCCUGUCAUCAUAAUGAUAAUGAAAAUCUAACAUAAUAAAACAUAAUAAUAAUAAGGAUCAUUUUGUAAUAAAGCAAAGAAAAGAACACAAGAAAAAACCAAUGUAUAAGUGUAUGAUAAGAUAUUAUAGUUUUCCUAUGGGAGAACUACUUUGUUUACAGCUGUUUCUCGACAUACAGUAUUAGAUCAUGUUCAACCAAAUUCAUUUCCGUGGUAUAUCGAACACACACACACAGUAUCGUUUUUUUCACCCCAAACUCACGUGUAAUUAAAGUAGACAAAUAUUUCAGCAUUUCAGUGAAAUGCAGUUUAACCCUCUAAAAAUACAUUUUUAGACGUUGUUGUGGUACCAGGAUGUCUGAGGCACAACCCAGGGACGAGCCUGUCCUGCUGACUGCACACACCAAACCCUGCACAGAAAAGGAUUGUACUGUACGAUAGUGUGCUUCCUACUCUGUCUCGUCGUAUGCAUGUUUCCUCAGAAUACUAUGGGGUACCUGUACUAUACAGCACUGUAUAGACUUUGCACUGAACCGUAGUAUCCCAGGUGGGGGCCACAGUGGACCUGCAGUGGGCUUGAGUGUUGGAUAGAAAAAAAGAAAAAAAAAAAGGACAGAGCUGCAUAAGCGAAUCUCUUUUGCACUGAUGCAAUCCAACAGAUCAGAGGUUGCCUUUGGACUGUUGAUGUUACCCAGUUCCCUCUCUGAAAGCUUUCAGCACCACUGACAACCAAAACCGAGCCACUUAACAACACAAAACCCUCAGCUGCUUGUGUUCUUUCCACAGAUGUACAUUAGAUAAGCACUGGUUUGAAUGUACUGAAGGACAGACUGGAGGCAGUACAUGAGGGUUGUUUUUGACCAAACACUCUCUUGAUAAGCAACAAUAAACAAGAGAGUCUUUCAGAUUUA